UAGUGAUGUCAUGAGAAAAGAAGAGACUAAGAGAGAAAUAUGUAAGUGUAGUAUUGUUGUGUGAAACCCAGAGUUGCUAUUUUGUUUGUUUGUGACUCACAUUUGCAUGAUUCAUGAAUCAAUCGUAAUUAAAACAAAAAAACCACACAAAAAAAUUUGCAAACCGCUUUUGGCAGGUACCAACACCACCACACAGAUUUAUAUAUGACACUCCAAACCCAAUUACAACAACAGGAGGAAAUCAAACACACCACACAUAUUGUGAUCAGCUCCUCCACCAUCACCAUGAGGAUGAGGUCUCUCACCACCAUCUCUGCUGUCUUGUUCCUUGCUCUUCUCAUUCAGAUUCAUGGGAAGGAUGAUCAUGAUGUUAAUUACCAGAAGCAGUUAACAGCAGGGUUUGGAAAGAGUGGUUGUGAUUUGUUUGAGGGAAGAUGGGUUUAUGAUGAAUCAUAUCCUCUUUAUGAUUCCUCACGCUGUCCCUUUUUUGAGCAGCAGUUUGAUUGCCAAAAGAAUGGAAGACCAGAUAAAUUCUAUCUAAAGUAUAGAUGGCAGCCAACAGGGUGCAACUUACCAAGAUUCAAUGGUGAAGAUUUCUUAAGAAGAUACAGAGGGAAGAGUAUCAUGUUUGUGGGGGAUUCUUUGAGUUUGAAUCAAUGGCAAUCACUCACUUGCAUGCUCCACACAGCUGUGCCUCAAGCUCAAUACACCUUAGUGAGGACUGGAGGUCUCUCCAUUUUCACCUUCACGACCUAUGGCGUUAAGCUGAUGUUUUCACGCAAUGCAUACCUAGUGGACAUUGUUGGUGAACCUAUUGGUCGAGUGAUGAAACUAGAUUCUAUUGAAGCCGGCAAAACCUGGAAAGGAAAGGAUGUAUUGAUAUUUGACUCUUGGCAUUGGUGGCUUCACACAGGAAGAAAACAAGCAUGGGAUUUCAUUCAAGAAGGGAAUAAACCAUUAGUCAGAGACAUGAAUCGGUUAGUUGUAUAUGAGAAAGCAUUGAAUACAUGGGCAAAAUGGGUUAAUGCCAAUAUUGAUCCUACCAAAACAAGGGUACUCUUCCAAGGAGUUUCUCCAGAUCAUGCAAAUGCAGGGCAAUGGGGAGAGCCAGGAGCAAAUUCUUGUGUAGGGCAAAGUAGGCCAUUGUUGGGAUUCAACUAUCCAGGAGGUCCACACCCAGCAGAGUUGGUAUUAGAGAAAGUGUUAGGAACCAUGAAAAAACCAGUGUAUUUGCUCAACAUUACUACCCUAUCACAGCUGAGGAAAGAUGCUCACCCUUCUGUUUAUGGAGCUGGAGGGCAUAGGAAUGCUGAUUGCAGCCACUGGUGCUUAGCUGGUGUUCCUGAUACUUGGAACCAGCUUUUAUAUGCAACUCUCAUUCAAAAUUAAGUGCUUAUUCCUAGAUCAAGCAAUGAAACAAAUAAAAGUAUUUAUAGGCCAAAUAAAAGAAGAUAUCUCUUCUCAUAUUUUAAAUUGGAAUGAUUCAUUGGACUAGAAAAAAUGUUACAUAUGAUAUGGUAAAGAAAGUUCAUAUAUAUAUGAUUUUGUGGCUUUUAACAUGAAAAAUAUACACUGCUUCUAUAGUAUUACUA